ACGCGCAUUGAGAUGUAAACGCUGGCUGUGGUUACCGAGUGUUACAAACUGAUUUUGAGCUGCUGAUUGAUCCGAGGGGGUAAGAAGCGGUGAAAUGGGUUGGGGUGGCCUUUCAGAGAUAUUGGGGAAUCGGAGGUCCUCUAGUGAUUUCCGGGUCAUGUGACGGAAGCAUCAUUACGGCAAUUGAAGCCACCAGGAAGUCCCUCAUUGUCUGAACAGCCCGUACGUUCGGUAAUAGACGCGCAGUGCGAUGUGACCGGGGCUGGCCUUGGUUCUGAAACGGCGGCUGACAGGAGCUCUGAGUGCCGCCUCCCUGCAGCUCGACAGCCGAGCCUGUGGAGACUCCGAGCGGCUCGGUGAAGAGGAUAACGGCCUGCCGGAGCCGGGGUGGGGUGUACCGUGACGGGCUGCUGCAGAGUUCAGUGUGAGCGGGUUCGAUCCCUCAGGGUGUCUCAGGAUGUAGGCCGGUGAUCCUGCAGGAGGAGGAGAGCAGGGAAGGAUUUCUGUUCCUGUAGAGCCAACAAAACAAAGUCAAGAUUGUUCUGUGCUUCAUGAGCCGCUCAGCGUCUGCAGUACAAGAUGAGUACAGACAGACCCAAGAGGAACAUCAUCAAAAAGAAAUAUGACAUCAGUGACGGGAUGCCGUGGUGUGAGGAGCGUCUGGUCCGGAAGGUUUUGUUCCUCUCCCUCAGGGAAUUCAGAGACACACACCGUGCCACACACAAAAACUCACACAUACACACAUGUGCACACAAACGCACUCCUAAAAACACACUCUUACAUGCUACGCAAAAGACACAAACACAGCCUCACACACACACACAGAAACGACAGAGCGUGCACACGCCACAGCAGAAAGUCACACAGAGGACGACAAGCACACACACACAUGAACACAACAACAACAAAGGGCAAAAAACUCAGCUGUCUCAGGAUGCAUACACACCAAAAACUGCACACACACUUAAAAACAUGCACACACAAUCACACACUGAACAACACUCACAGGUUUCACUAAGGACUUCAACAUCAACCAGGACUCUGCGCUCACACACAACUCAAACCGCUCCACCGCUGCCAAACUCUGCCAAACACACACACAACACGCAGCACAAACACAGCGUGAGGAACACACACCCGCUGCUGAACAAAGGUCCUCCUGCCCGGACGCUGAGGUCACAAACUCCCACAAUCCUCAAAGGCUCUGUGGUUAAUGGAAUCCGCCGGCGUCAGGCCCUCCUCCAAACCAGUCCGACAUGGAUCAGGUCCUUACAGACCAGACCAGGACCUCCACAGCGCCGUCCUUCCAGCAUCCACCCGACAAAGAGGACCCUGCCAGCAAGAGACCCAGGCUUCAGGCUCAGAGGAAGUUUGCUCAGUCUCCUCCCAACUCUCCCGGACCUUCAGUCUCGAUGACAUCACCACGAAAUAACCACACCCUCAGCCAGGCCGCGGGCACCUGUCUGACCCGACGGAGACCAAAGACGGAGGACUUCCUGUCUUUUCUGUGCUUAAGAGGUUCAGCAGCGUUGCCUAACAACAUGGCGUUCUUGGCAAGCGGACGAGCGAAGGAGCCAACCAACAGCCAGCAUCCUGCUUCCUCUCUCUCCACCAAUCACAGGACAGCAGCUCAGGGAAAGAACAUCCGGCUCUUCAGCAGAACAACAGUGCAGAGGGACUCAGCGUCUCAGAGAGGCAGCGGACGCCCCCCCGCGGUCAGAUCCUUCUGCCCUCUAACUGCUCGCGCAGAGAGGAGGAGGGAGAGGGAGAGAAGGGAGGAAGAGCAGCAGAGGAGGAGGAGUAAGGGAGUAGAGGAGGACAGGAAAGAGGGAGCAGAGAGACACCUCCUGAGACGUCGCCAGCUCCCCCUACAGGUCAGGAGGAACAAGGUGGCCAUGGCUUCAGGAUUCUCUCAGCGGAGAGCCUCUCUUGUCAGGUCAGUCCCUCCCUCAAAGCCUAGCACAGGGGUUCGCAGCAGAGGAGCUCCCAGACCUUCCAAAAGGCCUGGCAGUACCUGCAAACCAAAAGGCCAUCCAACCAGCAGACCCAAGGAAACCAACAGCAGACGCCUCCCCAGGCAACCAAGCAACCAAGAGCUGCCUCGACAUCACCCCCCUCCUCCCCACCGACGCACCGUCCCCGACUGCUGCAGCAAACCCAAGACCCCCAGCAGCCUCCAGAACUCAGGGAGAAACUCAAGCAGGUCUCUAGCUCACAUACCAUUGACUAAUGGCUCCGUCAGCAGACAGCUAAGUGAGGACCCUGGGUCUCUGAGGGUCUCCAGGAGGAAGAGAGGCCUCCCACCUGAUACCAGCCCUGCUCCUGUGCAUCCUCAGAGCAACAACACGUCGAGGAAGUGCCAGACACAGCAAUACAAUCAUGCCCCAGUGGAGAGUGCAGAGGUCUCAAAGAGAGAGACCGGCUGUCUGAAAGUGAACAGAGCCGAGGAUGUGAGCCAUGAUGAAGAACUUGGGAAUCAAAGAGGUGCAGAGGAGCUGAGUUCACAGACCGACGGUUGUGUCAGCGAGGACGGACCGGUAGAGAGGGACGCUGGAGAGUCGAGUUUAGAAAGCGUCCGUUCUGUGGAGCCCUCUGGAGAAAGAGUUCACACGAGUACAAACUGCGACCCCGGUCCGGUCAGCGAGGUCAUACGCAGACACGUCAGAGAGAAGAGGAUCCAGAGAAACCAGCCUGCUUCAUCCACGCCCCCCAAACCAAUCACCAGGACUACUGAGUCCAGAGCCAGAGCUGCUCGGACUACUGUUACUAAAGCUGCUAUCAACUCAGUGACUUCUGCUCCACCAGACCCACCAGCCACUUACUCUGCCAAGCACACUGCAAAGGGUCCCAACAAAGGUCCCAGCAAAGACCUUACCAAGUGUACUUCACCAGCAAGCAGGUUCUCCACCCAUCACUCCAAAGGUGCUGCAAAAGACUCUUCCAAGGACACCACAGGGGAUUCAACCAAGGACAGUUCUAGCACUUCCAAGGGCUCCACAAAGGGCCUUACUGAGCCCAAGUCCACUACCUCAGCCAUCAAGACCAGGACCAGCCCUAGAAUCCUCCAGAAGCGCUAAAGUCCCGUACUAACAGAGGACACUUCAGACUUGCUGAUAUAGAGAUGGUGGUGUUUGGCUAGUAGGAUAGUAACACAGAGGAUUCAGUUUGGUGUCUGCUGAGUCUCUGAAGUGAAUCUGAAGAGUUUGGGUUGUUUGCAGGGAAACAGUCUGUGUGGAGGACUAAAGGAGGGGUGCUCUGAGGGACAUGCAAGAAGAAAAAAACACAUUUCAUCGAACUCUAUAAAUAGAUAAACCCUCAUGAGAGCAGAUCUCAACCCGGUCAUUCAUGUAGGCUGCAGUCUCAUACACUCAACGCUGUGCAGCACGGAGAUGGGAAGUGACCCUGAGGGUGUCGUUUGUCACGUCUCUGAUCUGGCUGCUCAUGAUGCUGCUGUUGGCUCUGUGGGGUUCAGAGGUUGAGAUUAUAGAGUAUGUUGUCCAGUCAGGUUGGAGUGUGGGCGUCUGCAGGGGAAAAGUCAGUAUGGAGAAGUGAAGGUUUAAUGCUUUGGUUUAAAUACGAUCCAGGAACACGCCUCUCUCUCGUCUCCUGCAUCUCUUCACGUCUGAAGCUUUGAUUGAAAUAAAGAGCUCAGCGUUAACCAAUCGCACCUGAACUCCAGAACAGGUGUGAUUGAAUUAAGGCCGGUGGGUUCAGAGAUUGAGGUCUCAGUGGUGUUCCAGGUCGGGUAGUCAGAGUAGUAUGACCAGUCAGUUGUGAGAUAGCUUUGGUUUUUAGGUAGAAUAGACUGGCCAGAAGGAAAUCCUUGAUCCCAUUGGCUGUCAUUACAUGACUUUUUUAUUCAUCUCUAUUAAAGGAUGUCUCUCAAUGAGAUCACAGUCUGAUCAAAGAUGGCGGCUGUCAUCUCUACAUCCUUGUAGAGUCCUAACUCACUAAUGUAUGACAAACAAUGACCAGGGUGAGACCAAGCUGAGUUUAGACCUGGAUGUCUUUAUCUGCUGGCUUCUGAUUCACAGAAAAAUGACCCAAAGCUUCAGUCAGCUGAUGGGACCUGAUGUUGAGGUGUUGGUUUCUCCUCAGUGUCUAAAGUCAGAGUCAUUUUAACCCAUUGAGGGUGGACCAGCUCAGUCAGUGCAGAAACAAGAAGACUGUAAAGCAUUUUCUGUUGAACCCGCUGCUGAUCACUGGAUGACAGUUAAGCAUUCAUGCAUUACUGAGUGUGGAUCAUAAGACUGUUAUCUUUCUAUCAUCUCAUGUUGAUGAACACAAAGAAGCUGACGGUGGUCUGUUUUCAGUCUUUAGUCGAUAUCUGACAUCAGUUAUCAGUUUCUCCUUGUCACAAAAUAGACUGUUUAUUAAAAUAGAUGCCACGAGUGUUCACAGACUGUGAGGCCAAUAGAUUCAGAGCUACCCCUGCUGACUGGCUGCAGUAUAGGUCAGAAAACUCUUCCAUGGUAACAGAUGGGACAUGGGUCAAAGUGUAAAAUCAAACACAGGUCCCAGGAGCAUGAAGGCACCAUGUCUAUACAGCUCCUGAGCGUUGUCUUCUACAUUUGUCAGGAGUUGCAGGUCCAGUUUAAUUCUAAAUGUGUUGAGAUUGAUGGAUGACAGAUGUGAUUUUAGAGGCUGCUCUGCUGUGACUGCAGCGUGUGGUUUCAGUAGUCCUCAGAGAGUGGAGUAGGUUACUGCAGUCUGUUGUUUCGAUGUUUGUACGGGAAUCAUUACUCUGAGAACAGAAACGUCAGAGGCUAACACAAACGUCCGUUCCUUCCAUCUACAUUGACUCCACACUAGAACCUGACGUUAGCUUUGUUAGCAUGAGAGCGUGUUGAGGAGCUUGGGCAUCUUCCCAUCAGUCUGUCUGCAGUGCGUCUCAAGAGGCAGGUGAGUGACAGGUAGGAUGAUGUCAGUGGGUACAUGGUGGGACUCUUGUUGGUGAGGUGGUGUUGUUUGAUCAGUGCUCAGAAGGUUUGAGGAAACAUCAGGUGCUAUCAGGUGCUAUUAGCUCACUCACACAGUGUUUUGGGGAUGGUUGAAUAGAAGUGUUCAAACUUUAUGUCUGUAUUAAAUAAAGUUGGAACAUGAAAACUGCACACGUCCUCACGGUGAAGCCUCUACGUUGGGACCUCGGAGAGAUUUGGAUGUUGGGAUUUAAAAGCUUCACUUCACGUUUCCACACGUAGAGGCUUCAUCUGAGAAACUGUCUAAUGAAUCUGUAAAUGAGUUAUUUAUACUCUGUCCAUACUUCUGUUGAUGUUUAUCACUGUGUUGAUUUAUGGCCUACGCGGUAUGAAUAAAGGCAUGAAUCAAUCUGAGCAUUAACGAUGCACACUAACAUUAAAGUAUAAAUGCUGAUUUUUAAACCUGGGCUUUAGUUUUUACACGCGUGGAGGUCUGAGCGGACUUCUUAUUGUACAAGUCUACAGAUGUUUAUCGGGUUUAUCUUAACAUUAUAAACACAGCUGUCUUAUCAUUAUUUACCAGAUGAAAUGUCAGACUUGUGGACUGUCUGUCGGCUGUAAAGUGAGUGAUGGAGUGUUGAAGUUUUAAAAGAAGCGUCUUCUUAGAUGAGAGCUUUUAUCUGACGGGAUGUUGAGCCUCAAACAAGAACUUUUAUUGGAUUAUCUUUGAUUGGUUGCAUUCUUCCCAAAACAUUACACUGCAGCUGUUACAGAUCAUAUUCAAGCUUUCAGCUGAAAAUAGAUCUGAGACAACAAAUCAAACGUUGAAGCUGAAAAGGGUUUAUUGAAAAGUAUGUGCUGAUUUUAAAUCUGAUGCAGCAACACGUUUCAAACUCUUGAGACGGGGACAUGUUUACCGUUUUAUUACCAGUGUCUGGAUGGCAGCAUAUGUUGCUCCUAAACCUGUAUAUAUUGUUCAGUAUUAAUGGAGACUUCACAGAUGUGGAAGCUACCCAUGCUAUGGACUCUUAAUUUCCGCAUACCAUCAGGGCUUUGAACUGUGAGCUGAUAUCAAGCCGGGUGGUCCCUCUCCUCUUUAGAGCGGAGGACACAGCGUCCAUGAUUUCCAAAAAGAAUGUCAGAUACUAAUUCAUCAGAACACAAGACAGUUUUCCACUUCCCCUCAGUCCAUCUUAAACGGGGCUCAGGUCCAGAGAAGUCUCUGUGGUUCUGGAUCAGGUUUAUAUAUGGUUUCCUCUUUGCAUGGCUCAGUUUGAACCUGCAUUUGUGGAUGCAGUGAUCUCCACUACAAAGUCAUGUCUGUUUUUAAUGCAGUGAUUUCCACUACAAAGUCAUGUCUGUUUUUAAUGCAGUGCUGCCUGAGGGUCUGAAGAUCAGGUCUAUACAGUCUUGGUUUUGGUCCUUGUCCCUCUUGUACAGAGGUGUCUCCAGAUUGAGUCUUGUAACGGUGUUAUGUACUGUAGACGAUGAAAUCCACUAACUCUUUGUUACUCUGAGGAACAUUAUUCUUAAAGGGGUAUAACACGUCUUAAAGUAUUUGGACUUUGGAGUUGUGACUAAAAGCACGGAGCGCUGAGCUGAGUACCUGAGGCAUGUGUUUCAGGGUAGUGGUCUUAUAUGUUGGAGGGUUAAAGGAACCGUUUAGUUAUUUAAAAAGUAGGGUUAGGGUUUAAGAUGAAACGUUCUGGGUAAGGAAGGUGGAAAUGUGUCUUUACGAGCACAUUCAAAGUCUGACUCAGAUUAUUUCAUCAGGUUUCAUUCUUGUGUUUUGAACCACAGAUAAAAAUAAUUUCUCCAAACCUUGAACUUUUAUUCUGAAACUUCUCUUCCUUUUCUCCAGGAUGUUGAAACGUAAACAAUGUGCUGUGUUUCAUGUCAAACACAGUCACUAGUUUCUAGUUUCAUACUAACGUAUUCAUGCCUUUUUUCAUAGCUGUGAGUUUAUGUUGUCUGAUUCCAGUUAAUACAACUUUAAAGAGUUGUUUGAGUUGUUAUUAACCAGCUGUUUAGUUUCGUCCACUGGUUUCUGUCAUUAUGUGUUUCUGACUUUUGGUACAAACUCUUCCGGCCCUGAGGGGACACGAUUUAUCUUUAGCACAGGGAAGACAAAUGUUUGAGCAGUGACAUCUACUGUAAAAAGUCUGUAUAAAUGUGAAUGAUUUUAAUGGAGUUUGCAAUAAAAUCACUUUGUAUUUUUAUGUGCCA